GUCCAAGUUCAGAAAUGGACUUGGUUGCUCAUAGUCAUCAUCUCCCUCUCUGUUUGUUUCCUCAUAAUCUCCAUUUUUAACAAAUUCCCCAGCUCCACCAAGCUCCCACCAGGUCCUCCUUCAAUCCCCAUCCUCACCAGUUUCCUAUGGCUCUGCAGAUCACCACUCCAAAUCGAGUCUCUGUUGCGCAGUUUCGUCGCCAAAUAUGGCCGCAUCCUCACCCUCCCCAUCGGCGCCAGCCCCGCCAUCUUCAUCGCCGACUGCUCUAUCGCCCACAAAUCCCUUGUCCAAAAUGCCGCUCUCUUCGCCGACCGCCCACCGGCCCUCGCCACGAACAAGAUCAUCUCCACCCAUCAAUACAACCUUGCCUCUGCUCCUUACGGCCCACUCUGGCGUCUCCUCCGCCGUAAUCUCACUUCCCAAAUCCUCCGUCCUUUCCGUAUCAAGGCCUACGCCCGUGCUCGCAAGUGGGUUUUGGAUCUUCUUCUUAAUCGCUUUCUCUCUCACUCCAGAUCUGGAACUGCCGUCUGCGUUGUCCAUCAUUUUCACUACGCUAUGUUCUGUUUGUUGGCGUUGAUGUACUUUGGGGAUACGCUUGACGAAUCCCGGAUCAAGGGAAUUGAGAACGUGCAGCGUGAGAUGCUUAUAAAUCUUCCGCGUUUCGUUGUCCUUAAUUUUUGGCCAAAAUUAACCAACAUUUUGUUUCAUUAUCGGAAAGUGAUAUUUUCGCAGCUCAGAAGAAAGCAAGAGAAGGUCCUAAUCCCUCUAAUCAACGCCAGAAAAAAGGCCAAGCAAGAAAGAGAAAACAGAGAAAAAAGCGCUGAAAUUGAAGAAGAAGAUGAUGGUGAAUUCGUGGUGUCAUAUAUUGAUACGCUGCUCGAAUUGGAACUCCCCGACGAGAAGAGAAAGCUUACUAACGACGAAAUGGUCACUUUAUGCUCCGAGUUUCUCAACGCCGGCACGGACACUACCUCGACGGCAUUGCAGUGGAUAAUGGCGAAUUUAGUGAAAUACCCAGAAAUCCAAAACAAGCUUUUUUCAGAGAUGAAAGGAGUAAUGGGAGAUGGAUCAAGGGAGGAGGUGAAGGAAGAGGAUUUGGGGAAACUUCCAUAUUUGAAAGCAGUGGUUUUAGAAGGAUUAAGAAGACACCCACCAGUACAUUUCGUGAUACCACACGCAGUAAAAGAAGAUACAGAGUUGGAAAAUUAUGUGAUACCAAAGAAUGGGAGUGUGAGUUUCAUGGUGGCGGAGAUGGGUUGGGAUCCAAAAGUGUGGGAAAAUCCGAUGGAGUUUAAGCCGGAGAGGUUCAUGAAGAGCAGCGAAGAGGAAGAAGAAGAAAUGGCGGGGUUUGAUGUAACAGGGAGCAAAGAGAUUAAGAUGAUGCCGUUCAGAGCAGGGAGGAGAAUAUGUCCAGCGAUCGGUCUAGCAAUGCUUCAUUUGGAAUAUUUCAUUGCCAAUUUGGUAUGGCGGUUUCGAUGGCAGGCGGUGGAUGAAGACGGCGUCGAUCUAGCGGAGAUGAUAGAGUUCACCGUCGUCAUGAAAAAGCCUCUCAAAGUUAAUAUAUACUCCAGAUUUUAGAUGAAUAAAACUAUUGUCACACAUUCUCAAGCUAAAAUAUUGCAAAAACAAGACAACUUAAAACUAUUUGCAAAUAUGACCGAAUUUAUCCAGACAAAAUGUCUAAAAAGCCCAUUGAAGACACAAAAAUAUUAUGGUAAGAAAUUUUCAAUUCAGUUUAUUAGUAAUAGAUUUUAAAUCUAAUGAUAAAAGUCUAUCAAUGAUAAACUCUUUUUAUAGAUCGACAAUCACAAAAAAAUCACAACUCUGAUUCUUUCAUUUGAUCUUGAUUUUUUUUUUUUCACUUUUUAGCAUGUUAUCAUCAAUAGGCUUCUAUUACCAACAUUAUCAUAUCUUUGCUAUGAUUUAUCGAU